GUUAAAUGUUGAUGAGUGUAGUUUGUGGGUGCUGGUAGUUUUUGGUAGUUUGUUUACGUCUUCAGUCACUUUGACCUGAUCUUGCCCGCAUACACGUCGACAGGAGACCGGCUUGGCUCUGUAGCUUUACCCUAUGUAGGCCAAUUACUGUCAACAACGUGAAUGGUAGUAUCUAGAAAGGGUAUGUCCCUUCAGGAGAGAGGUGCCAAUGUCCAACCGGCCUAAUUCCAAUCCAGGGGGGUCACUGCGCCGUUCACAGAGGAACACAGCCGCGGCCCAGCCACUAGACCACGCACUCGCUGGAAGGUUGCAGUCAGAGCAAGUAAACCAAAAAGCAAAUUCCCCACCUGAAAGUAGAAGAUCUAAUUCUAAGGCUUCCAAAGCCCCACCCAGCUCAGCCGCCGGCUCCGCCCGCGGCCACGCCUCUCGAAGAAACAGUCUCUCUAUAUCCGCCAGUUCACACACGAUUCCAGAUCCAGACUUAGAAGCAGCAGGGACUUCAGGCCAGCAAGGGAGACGGGAGGGCAGCAGCACCCGAGCUCUUAAACGCAGCUCCGCUUCAGACCCCAUCAUCAGCGCGGCCAAGCGGCCCAAAGCGUUGUCCAAUCACCCCUCGGAGAGUCCAUCCAGCGGGCCACCGCCCCCCACGGCCUCACUCGAACUUAUAGAGCAAAAGAAGGCUCCAGCAUCUGUUGGCACUAAGUCUAAAAAGAGAAGGUUAGCAACUGAACCGACCCCCAGCACAUCCAGCAGAGCCUUGAGCAAGAAAAGCGUGUCGUACUCUGGCCCCAGUGGGGGCCCCAGCAGCAGCAGCCCUUCUCAGAAGCGCAAGAAGGCAGACGCCUCCUCGUUGUCAUCAUCCUCUUCCUCCCUCCCCAGUUCAACCAGCGCGGCAGGCCCCCUGCCACCCCGCAUCGAGGCCAGCCGGGCAGCCAAACCCACCAAGCUGGCGUCCAAAUCGGCCGCCUCAGCCAAAGCUGGGUGUAGCACUGUAACUGACUCCUCCUCUUCCUCUGCCUCUUCCUCGUCCUCUUCUUCUUCCUCCUCCUCAGCCGUCACAGGCACCAACAGCUGUGCCCCACAGGGCGCCCGGCUAAAACAGGGCAAGGACCAGAGCAAAGCGCGACGAUCGCGCUCUGCGUCCUCCCCUUCUCCUCGCAGAAGCAGCCGAGAUAAAGAGCAAAACAAGGCGGCAGGCUCCUCCAAGUUCGACUGGACGUCCCGCUUUAACUCCAAAGUCAACCUGCCAAAGCCCAAACUGUCCCUGCCAGGAUCGGCCAAGGCUGAGACCUCCUCCAAGCCUGGGCCCUCCGGACUGCAGGCCAAACUAGCAAGUUUGAGGAAGUCCACUAAGAAGCGUAGUGAGUCUCCCCCAGCAGAGCUCCCCAGCUUUAGGAGGAGCACACGGCAGAAGACCACGGGCUCUUGCGCCAGCACCAGUCGGCGAGGCUCAGGCCUGGGCAAGCGCGGAGCAGCCGAAGCUCGCCGACAGGAGAAAAUGGCCGACUCCGACAACAACCAGGACGGGGCCAAUUCGUCAGCCGCGCGCACAGAGGAGACGCCGCAAGGAGCGUCAGCUUCUAGCUCAGUGGCUGGAGCGGUGGGCAUGACCACCUCUGGAGAGAGCGAAUCAGAUGACUCAGAAAUGGGAAGGCUGCAAGCUCUACUCGAGGCCAGGGGCCUUCCUCCACACCUGUUCGGACCCUUUGGGCCCCGUAUGUCUCAGCUAUUUCACAGGACCAUAGGAAGUGGAGCUAGCUCAAAGGCACAACAGUUGCUACAGGGCCUGCAGGCUACUGGAGAUGAAUCCCAGCAGCUCCAAGCUGCUAUAGAGAUGUGCCAGCUGUUAGUGAUGGGCAACGAGGAGACACUGGGGGGUUUUCCUGUCAAGAGCGUCGUACCGGCCCUGAUCACACUGUUACAGAUGGAGCAUAAUUUCGAUAUUAUGAAUCAUGCGUCUCGCGCCCUCACCUACAUGAUGGAGGCUCUGCCGCGCUCCUCGGCUGUGGUGGUGGACGCCAUCCCUGUCUUCCUGGAAAAGCUUCAGGUCAUUCAGUUUAUAGAUGUUGCAGAACAAGCCUUGACCGCACUGGAGAUGUUGUCACGGAGGCACAGUAAAGCCAUCUUGCAGGCUGGAGGUCUGGCUGAUUGUUUGCUGUACUUGGAAUUCUUUAGCAUCAAUGCUCAGAGGAACGCAUUAGCCAUCGCUGCUAACUGCUGUCAGAGCAUCACGCCGGACGAGUUUCAUUUCGUCGCUGACUCUCUGCCCCUGCUUACUCAGAGACUCACACACCAGGAUAAGAAAUCCGUCGAAAGCACUUGUCUCUGUUUUGCCAGGCUGGUGGACAACUUUCAGCACGAGGAGAACCUGUUACAACAAGUGGCGUCCCGGGACCUGCUGACCAAUAUUCAGCAGCUGCUGGUGCUCACUCCACCUGUGCUCAGCUCGGGCAUGUUCAUCAUGGUGGUCCGCAUGUUCUCCCUCAUGUGCUCCAACUGCCCCUGUCUGGCCGUACAGCUCAUGAAACAGAAUAUAGCAGAGACUCUGCGCUUCUUGCUCUGUGGAGCAUCUAAUGGGAGCUGUCAAGAGCAGAUCGACCUUGUGCCCAGAAGCCCUCAGGAGCUUUAUGAACUCACCUCGCUUAUCUGUGAAUUGAUGCCGUGUCUGCCCAGAGAAGGCAUCUUUGCAGUGGAUGCCAUGUUAAAAAAGGGCAGUGCCCAGACCACAGAGGGUGCCAUCUGGCAGUGGAGAGAUGAUAGAGGCCUGUGGCACCCGUACAACCGAAUCGACAGCCGCAUUAUUGAGACCGCUCAUCAGAAUGGAGAAGAUGAGAUAAGUCUGUCUACUCUCGGUCGAGUCUACACCAUCGACUUCAAUUCUAUGCAGCAGAUUAAUGAAGAUACUGGCACCGCCCGAGCCAUUCAGAGAAAACCCAACCCUCUGGCCAACCCUAACAUUGGAGGAGGACACCUGGAGGUGCGGAGAGAAGAUGCACGUGCUCAGCUGAUGAAAGAGGACCCUGAGCUUGCUAAGUGUUUCAUAAAGACUCUGUUUGGGGUUCUGUAUGAGGUGUACAGCUCCUCCGCCGGGCCUGCGGUCAGACACAAGUGCCUUAGAGCCAUCCUACGGAUCAUCUAUUUUGCAGAUGCAGAGCUGCUUAAAGAUGUGCUACGCAACCAUGCUGUUUCCAGUCACAUAGCUUCAAUGCUGUCCAGUCAGGAUCUGAAGAUUGUAGUGGGCUCUCUACAGAUGGCUGAGAUUCUCAUGCAGAAGCUUCCGGAUGUAUUCAGUGUUUAUUUCAGACGUGAAGGUGUGAUGCACCAAGUAAAGAACCUUGCCGAAUCGGAAGCGUUUCUUACCAGCCCUCCAAAAGCAUGCACCAGCGGCACCACUAGUCUUUGCACCACCACCAUCACCACAGCCACCAGUACAGCCGCCUCCAACGUGACGCCCGACCUGGGUUCCCCGAGCUUCCAGCACAGCAUGGAUGACUCGCUGGACCUCAGCCCACAAGGUAGGUUGAGUGAUGUGCUUAAAAGAAAGCGGCUCCCUAAAAGAGGACCAAGGCGACCCAAGUAUUCCCCUCCCAGAGACGAAGACAAAGGGGAUAAUCAGGCUAAGAGCCCAACCAGCACACAGUCACCUAAGUCCUCUUUCCUGGCCAGUCUGAAUCCAAAGACCUGGGGUAAGCUGGGGACCCAGACAAACAGCGCUAACUCGGAGCCCUCACGCACCGCAGGGGUCAGCGGUCUGGCACGUGUGCCUCCCAAAGACUCAGUCUCAAAUAACAGGGAUAAGAUAAAGGCUUGGAUAAAAGAGCAAGCCAGUAAGUUUGUAGAGCGUUACUUUAACUCGGAGAGCGUAGAUGGAAGCAACCCAGCACUGAAUGUCCUGCAGAGACUCUGCACUGCUACAGAACAGCUCAACCUGCAGGUGGACCGUGGUGUGGAGUGUCUAGAGGAGAUCAGCAGUAUUGUGUCCGAAUCAGACGUCUCAUCCUUUGAGAUCCAGCACAGUGGUCUUGUGAAGCAGAUGUUGUUGUAUCUGACAUCACACAGCGAGCGGGACGCUGUCAGCAGAGAUGUGAGGAUCAAGAGGUUCCUCAAUGUGUUCUUCGGCUGCCCGAUUACAGGGCAGGAAACUCUUGGACGUUUGGAGCCAACCGAAAACGCUCCUCUCCUGUCGUUGGUGCACAAGAUGAAUAACUGCCUCAGUCAGAUGGAGCAGUUUCCUGUUAAAGUGCAUGACUUUCCCAGUGGGAACGGCAAUGGCAGCAGAGGUUCACAAGCACUUAAGUUCUUUAACACCCAUCAGCUGAAGUGUCAGCUGCAGAGACAUCCGGACUGCACCAAUGUGAAGCAGUGGAAGGGCGGCCCGGUCAAAAUCGACCCCCUGGCCUUAGUACAGGCCAUCGAGAGAUACCUUGUUGUUAGAGGGUACGGGAGGAUAAGAGAGGAAGACGAAGACAGUGAUGACGAUGGUUCAGAUGAUGAGAUCGACGAGUCUCUGGCUGCUCAGUUCCUGAAUUCAGGAAGCGUGCGUCACAGGCUACAGUUUUACAUUGGCGAGCACCUGCUGCCGUACAACAUGACCGUGUACCAGGCCGUCAGGCAGUUCAGUUUACAGGCAGAAGAAGAGAGAGAGAGCACAGACGAUGAAGCAAACCCUCUGGGACGCGCCGGCAUCUGGACCAAAACACACACUAUAUGGUAUAAGCCGGUCCGAGAGGACGAAGAGGGCUCUAAAGACACUGUUGGAGGAAAGAGAGGCCGUGCACAGACGGCACCCACUAAAACAUCCCCUCGAAAUGCCAAGAAACAGGACGAACUGUGGCACGAGGGUGUGUGUCCCAGUGUGGCAAACCCAUUAGAGUCAUACCUCAUCUCUGAGCCUCCGGAGGGCAUCACAUUUGAUGAUCCUUCAAUGGAGGUGAUUUUGCUGCUGAGGGUUCUGCACUCCAUCAGCAGAUAUUGGUUUUACCUGUACGAUAAUGCUGCAUGUAAGGAGAUCAUUCCCACUAGUGAGUUUAUUAACAGUAAACUGACAGCAAAGGCCAACAGACAGUUACAAGAUCCGCUGGUUAUAAUGACUGGAAACAUCCCCACCUGGCUCACCGAGCUUGGCAAGACCUGCCCGUUCUUCUUCCCAUUUGACACACGGCAGAUGCUCUUCUACGUAACCGCAUUCGACCGGGACCGUGCCAUGCAACGCCUCCUUGACACCAACCCUGAGAUCAACCAGUCUGACUCACAGGACAGCCGUGUCGCUCCUCGUCUCGACAGGAAGAAGAGAACGAUAAACCGCGAUGAGCUCCUGAAGCAAGCAGAGUCUGUAAUGCAGGACCUCGGGAGCUCCAGAGCAAUGUUGGAGAUACAGUAUGAGAAUGAGGUGGGAACGGGUCUCGGCCCUACACAAGAGUUUUACGCUUUGGUGUCUCAGGAGUUGCAAAGGGCAGAUUUGGGGCUUUGGAGAGGAGAGGAAGUGACUCUGUCCAACCCAAAAGGGAGUCACGAGGCUACCAAGUAUAUGUUCAGCUCCAGGGGUUUGUUCGCAGUACCUUUCGGACGAACUACCAAACCAGCUCAUAUCGCCAAGAUCAAAAUGAAGUUUCGUUUUCUUGGCAAGCUCAUGGCUAAAGCAGUCAUGGACUUCAGAUUGUUGGAUUUGCCGUUAGGUUUGCCCUUCUAUAAGUGGAUGUUGAGACACGAGUCAUCAAUCAGCUCUCAUGACCUGGUCAACAUCGAUCCUGGUGUGGCCAAAUCUAUCCAGCAUCUGGAGGACAUCAUCCGACAGAAGAAGAGAAUAGAGCAGGACAGAUCACAUACGCGGGAGACCCUGCAGCAGGCCUUGGAGAGUCUUAACAUGAACGGCUGCUCAGUAGAGGACCUGGGGCUCGACUUCACCCUGCCCGGAUUCCCCAACAUCGAGCUGAAGAAGGGAGGCAAAGAUGUGCCAGUCACCAUUCACAAUCUGGAGGAAUACCUCAGAUUGGUGGUCUACUGGACCCUCAAUGAGGGCGUGUCCCGACAGUUCGAGUCUUUUAGGGAAGGAUUCGAGUCCGUGUUCCCUCUUCAUCACCUGCAGUACUUUUAUCCUGAAGAGCUGGAUCAGUUACUCUGUGGUAGCAAAUCAGAGUCCUGGGAUGUAAAGACACUGAUGGAGUGCUGCAGACCGGACCACGGCUACACGCACGACAGUCGUGCUGUGCGGUUCCUGUUCGAGGUGCUGAGCAGUUUCGACGCGGAGCAGCAGAGGCUUUUCCUGCAGUUUGUCACAGGGAGCCCCAGACUUCCAGUCGGAGGAUUCCGGAGUUUAAACCCUCCUCUCACCAUCGUUCGGAAGACGUUCGAGUCGACGGAGAACCCGGACGACUUUCUUCCUUCGGUGAUGACGUGCGUGAACUACCUGAAACUGCCGGAUUACUCCAGCAUCGAGAUCAUGCGCGAGAAACUGUUGAUUGCCGCCCGUGAGGGUCAGCAGUCUUUCCACCUGUCCUGAUCUCACGUCCUGCACCCUCUCACUCACUCAGAAAUGGCCUUCAAUCGACUCACUGCAGAACCACAGAAAUCCUGACUUCUUCCUCUUUUGUUUUCCCACCUUUUCUUUUUUUGUAAACACACCCACAUUGAGGCAAAAUAUGUACAGCCUACUUGUUUAAAAAAAGCAGCUUGCAGAAACCAUAGAGCGUAAGAGACUUCAUUUUGAAUCCGGAGGAAGGGGUGUUACGUGACGUUUUUUUUAAAGAAACAAAGUAAAGGAAACACAAAGGAGAGCAGAUUCUAAAAAUAUAUCAGUAGUUGAGAGAUGUUCAAGCUUAUGGUUGGGGUGAUGUUUUAAAACUUAUUGUGUGUCACAUAUAAGGGAUGUUUUUCUCUCCUGGUGGAUGACAUCUUCACUGUGUGUUCCUGUUGGGGAGGGGGCGUCCAUCAAGCAGGCAAGGGUUCCUAUAGCUCCAAAGAUCAUUUGUACAGAGAAACAUUUGCAGACACAUUUGAUAGACUAGCUGCCCCCUGUUCUGUAUUAUACCCCUCUGGUCUUGUCGCAUUUUGGUUUCACUUUGUUUAAUUUCUCUCUUUCCUCUCGUGUGUCGUUUUUCUUUUAUUUGAGAGAGUUUUUGAACGUGUAAGAGAGAGAGAGAGAGAGAGUUCCAGUUGGUUGAAUGCGGGUAGUGUUGGAAGCGUAGUAUCUUUAUUAUUAUAAUAAUAUUAUAAUUAUUAUUAUUAUUGUUGUUUUUUUAACCCGAGUUGAAAUAGUUUUCUGGCCAAUAUUUCACAUCGAGCAUCUGCUCGUUGUUGAAAAGAUCUAUCCAUUGUGUUGGAUAAAAUAGACUCUUAUAUGGUUAUAGUAGUUUGUGCCUCUGCUGGACUUCUGGGGACUUAAUGAUGGGCCUGCUGAAGUUGCUUGGCUGGUAAAGCCGGGCUUUAAUCCCAUUAUGUAGCCGAGCACAAGAAAUUCAGUUUAAAAGAAUUGGCUGGUCUUAUUUUAUGGUUUCGUGGCCAGAUUGCAUUUCAAAAAAAAAGAGAAAAAAAUCAUUAAAUGAUAUAAAGUUUAUAUGCAGUUUUCACACCCGGUUUGAGGUGGCUGCCUUUUUUGUUUUGAAAUGAUUUUUUUAUUUUCCGUUUCUGUUUUUUUCCUCUUGCUGUAGUUUAUUUUUGCACUGCUGGCUUGGAACAAACCGUGGUGUGCACUGCAGUCUGUGGCCAGGAGGAGGCGCCACUGUUUGCUCUCCUGCCCUCAUUGUUCAUGUGCUGGUUUCUAAGAUCUGCAAUAAUUUACUGCAUCAGGUUCAUGUUUUUACCUGAACAUAAAUAAAGUAAUUGUUUGACUCA